GGAGAGAUGACCACGAUGAUUUAGAUCAUGCCGAAAUGCGUGAGGAUGCGGAUAAAGCUGGUUUCAACAGCACAGCUGUCACUGACGAGGAGCUUAGAUUCAACACUUUCAAUAGCGACUUGUUGGAAGGCUGUCCGGGGUCAGCACGCUGGGACGACGCUGGAGGAGUGGAGGAAGGAGAGUGGUGGGAUGAAAGAGCACUAGACGAAAACCGGCGCAAUGUACUAGAAGAAAGGGGAGAAGAACAAGAGGAGCCUGCUCCUUCUAGUCCAUGCUUACAAAUGUUAAAAUCCGGAAAUGACGAGCUACAAGGACACUUUGUAGAAUCACGGCAGGAAGACGUAAAUAAAGAAUCACGAGAACAAGCAUCAGACGACUCAACACACGAGCUAAAUCCUCUCGCAAACUCACAGGAAAAACAACGAGCACCAGAUGAAAACCAAUAUGGACAAAAGCUUCGAGCUUCAAAGGAAUCACAGGACCAGAAACCUGUUGCGUACGAGGACAGGCACGACGUUACUCGGGAGGCUUGGUGGAAGUGGGACCCCCGCGAGCGGGGCAAGCAGGUGAAACGCACAGGGGCAGAAGAGCUGGACAUCACUUGGACGCACUCGUGGCCGUUCGCGUCGGACGGUUGGGUUAAAUUAAGGGUAGGUUAAAGGUGCUUUUCUUACCGCUGUUUAUGCCUCUCUCCACCUUAAGGGAGGAGAAAGGCAUAACAAGCGGGAGAACCCGCGAGCACCAAAAACCUACCUCUAAUUAAAAAAGAGUCAGUGCAGCUACCUGCUGCAGGACUAAAAAGUCGCGAAGAUUGUGGUGCAGGAGAUGGCCCGGAACGUGAUGUGGGAGACGAACUUCAAGAGCAUGCUCCGCCAAGAAGAUUACCAACCGCUGGAAGAAACUAUCAGGAGGACACUUUAUGACAAAAAAAUCGUUACUUAGAAGUAGAGAACUCAUUCUUUUCAUCUGCGAUCAUGAUCUGGGGUUACUAGAUGUGGUUUUGAAGCUCUCUUCCCAUACAUAUUACUAGUGACAGUCUGUUCUUAGAGUUUCAGUUCAUUACCUCGAGAUCCUUCAGCAACAAGAACAAGUUAGAAGGAGCAGUAGGGUAUCCAUUAAUCUCUUGGCAUGAAAGGGUCAGGAGGUCGUUUUUAUCGAAAUUUACUUAGUCUAUCCUCAACUUCACUAUCAUCAGUACUAUUGACAUUGGUUACCAUGAAAACGAAAAGCAUUGCCCUAAGGCCUGAUGUAACUUAAUCUUCGCCGGAGAUCAAUCAGUAAGUACCCACCUCCGGCGACCCCCUCUCUUUUCAUAUUGCCCUCCCGAGUGGUUUCUGCACGCAGAACUAUACAAAUGCACGCUAUUGUAUAAUGAAGGCGACAUAGUACUGGUGAAUCUAGCAGACAUUUAUCAUGUCCAAAAAGACCACUCCGAGUACUUUCACGAUGGCAAAAAUCGAAUCGAAGACUUAGUCUCGGAACUAGUGACGGGCAAGACAAUUAUGGCAAAGAAAAGAAGAUGAGUAGCUUGUUGUUUUUAGUAUUGUUUGUUGCAUUUACUGUUCUCAACAUGUUCAUCUCAAUCGAGAAAACUCAUGAUACAGAACAAGUCAGUGAAGAAUUAUAGUUGAUCUCGAAGAACUUUCUGCUGAUGCUUCAUACUAUCUACCUAUGACGCCCUUAAGGCAGUCUGCACUGAACUUCGUGCGAGAUUAAUUGUAUUCUAUUGCAUCGUCCAACUUACUUUACUCCCGAACUUUCUUCUGAUGCUUUAUACUAUCUGCAACGAACCUAUCCAUUCUUCUGAUGCUCUUUUAUACUAUCAAUCUUAUACUAUCAAUCUUAUACUAUCAAUCUUUAUACUAUCAAUCUUAUACUGUCAAUCUUUAUACUAUCUUAUACUAUAAUCUACCUAUCCAACUUACCAACUUACUACUUUACUCCCUACUUCCUCUAAUCCCAAGGUGUACAACAUUCCGCUGGUCAAGGUGUACCAGAACGUCGAUCGUGAUCACGUGACGCAUGAUAAUAGACAUGCGGUUAAGCUGAUCACGCACGACAUUACGGCUAACGUCAAUCUUCCAUCUCGGGCAGCAAGAUGAACACAUGUGUAUAUUUAUAGUAGUUGGGCAUGUUAUUUAUUUAUAUGUGUUGGUCAUGAUCGGAAUCCUUGAGACUUGACAAAGAUCCACAAAGAUCCAAAGGAUAAAGGUCAACGGAAUGACCAAGAUCGCCAGGCAAAAGGUUACCAGAGCACCAUCCAAACGCCCGACGGGUUUACCGUCGCGCGGGUGUCUCUGGCUUCUCCUCUCUUGUUGUUGUUGCAAAAGGUUACCGGAGCACCAUCCAACGCCCGACGGGUUUACCGUCGCGCGGGUGUCUCUGGCUUCUCCUCUCUCUCUUGUAUGCUGUUCCAAGUCCUUCAGUACAGUCAAGGACAAACGCCACCGGAAAGAUCUCAAGGAAACCCACAGACCUAAACGCCUUUGGUUCCAAAGUCAAUGAUCAACAGACAAAGGACCUUCAGCGUAUUCAUAGCUGUAGCCAGGUCCGUGUCGUCUUGUCAGUUCUGAUCAGUUCAAAUGCAUAAAGAUCGUCGUAAGGUAUUCCCGUGCUAGGUCUCGCGCGAUGUAAUCUGAUGCGUAUCCGUCUAUCUAAGGUCUGUCAGAUCCAGACGAGUAUCGACGUAGGACGAUCAGGCGAAGGCAAUGAUGAUAAGCAGAAGACUUCCAUACGAAGCACAUGCAACAUCCCCCACCAUGAUAUCCCAACGAAGAAGCUGAGCCUUCCCCUUUGCAACCCCCAUGAAUAUCCACAGGGAUCAAACCAGCCAGAGGCCAUGAGUCUCAGGCUGUGAGUUCAAUUUGCACCAAGCUCAGCGUUUCCCACCGAGAACCUGCGCGUGGCUUAGCAGUCUGCGUUCUUGUGGUCCAACAAUAUGCAAGAACUACAGCGGGUUUAUUUAUAUUUUAUACUUAUCAAUAUAAGUCCUCGUCUACUUCUCCUCUGAUGUUGAUGACAAGUAAGUAAAACAAAGAUGUCCCAAGAGAUGUAUUGAUCUCGCUACCUCUAAAGACAACAGACGCGUCGUGUCCUUCAGACGCGCGAAGCUAGAACUGGUACCAGUCGAAAUCACCCUCAAUGACAUCCCAAAGUAUAAAUAUACAAAAGCAAAGCCAGAACGGCAUAUUCCAUCUCGCGGAAAUUAGAAACCACGGUGAGAAUUCGAGUGGAAGUAGUACUCGUACUUGUGCUAAAGAUUUGGAUUUCCUAGUGGGAGCGUUCUGUCUUUUUCCUGUACCUAGUAGGCGGCCUGGCCCCGGUGGUGGAUGAGACCCCGAAGAUGAAGUGGCGAUGGAGAUGAUUGUCAAGCCCUGAGGAAAACAAAAAAUUUACCCGCAGCUGGGUCAACGUUGAAGAUAUUAACGACCAAUAGCAGAGGCUGCGUCCAGAUUUGAAAUAUUACACUGAUAUCAAUCUAAACAAGAGUUUGAGUUGUAAUUUUCAUCCCCUUACAUUUCUUCUUUGUUUUAAGCCCUGUUAUACAUCAUAUUGGUCCUCGAUUUUGAAAAAUUGGCGUAACGAUGAAAUUUCUCUAGUUGAAGUGACCAUAUCCCGACAGUAUUCCACCUUGAAAGCAAUCCCUUAUCAUACCCGGCUUAUACAUAGAUUAGAAACACUCAGAAUACUAGUAUUUGAGCUACUUUUUCUAGUUGUUAUAUCGAUGAUCUUCUUUAUCUUAUAGUUAUUGAUAUUCUACACUUGUUAAGCGAAAGAUUUUCACACUGACUAUGAUGUAUUGGUCAAGAAAAUAUCAUUCCAAGUCCCCGUCCCCGAAAUGGAAGAGUCCCCGAGAUAAUCAAAAAAGUCUUACUGUAACUGAUUCCUUUUUCUACAACAUUUCUAUCG